AAACGCAGGCUUGCAAAGUUGUUUUGCCGAAUCAGUAUAUUUAUCAGACUCGCUGGUUCUGAAACGUGAAUGAAAAAAGGUUGAAUGACACUAUUGAUAGUAUUUUAGCUAGAAUUAAAUCUUAAUAUCAGCAAAAUACAAGUGAACAUUAGCGCUGCGAAAUGGAUAAAGCUGUCAGUUUACCGAAUCAACCUGACAACUUGAGCACAGUCACGCUGGUGGAAACCAACAGCAAUCCAAACGGACUGGAGCUGGUGAGCUCUUAUCACACCAACCGAGUCGGAGAUCCCAUGGACCUCGUCACUCUGGCUCAGCAGGUUCAGAAGGGAGACGAAUUUGUCCGAGCAAAUGCUUGCAACAGGUUGACCGUCAUUGCCGACCAAAUAAGAUACUUGCAGGAGCAAGCGAGAAAGGUGUUAGAGGAAGCUAAGAGGGAUGCUGAUCUCCACCAUGCAGCCUGCAAUGUUGUGAAGAAGCCAGGAAACAUGUACUACCUGUACACGCGUGAAUCUGGCCAGCGUUACUUCUCUAUACUCUCCCCGAAGGAAUGGGGUCCUAGUUGUCCACACAAGUUCCUCGGCGCUUACAAACUGCAGUACGACAUGUCCUGGACUCCGCUAGAAGAUGUUGAAAAACGGGAAGCUGAAAUCAGUGUAAUGGACAAACUCCUGAACAGUCAAAUCGCUCUUCCAUCCAGCGCAGAACCAAACUUCGAGGGUCUUCCAAACUGACCAGACACUGAGUGUGUUUACAUGUACAACAUAAUCAGAUAACUGCAAUAAAUCGAAAUUAAGAUUGUCAAUUUAAACACAUUUACAGGAAAUGAAGUAAUCAGAUAAUGGGUGUGCAUGGACGAGUCAGUAGUCUGUAAUCUUUUUCUGUACUAAACCUACAGAAGAACAGACGUGCUUUAUUCUUUAUUUCAGGGGUUUGUGGUUGCAAAUUCCUUACAAUGCUGCCCUUCAAGUGCAUCAAGCCAGAUUAACAGUAUACAUGCACCAAAUAACCUGAUUUUAAACAAACAUCCAGACUCUAUUAUAAGCCUAAUCCGAUCUAAAUGAUCACACCAUGCUGUUUACACGGCCACUUGAAUGAUCUAAUAAUUCAGAUUAUACUUAUAAUAUCAGCAUUAGUGUGCAAUGAUAAGGGACUACUUUAUAAUGUGGUCAUGAAAAAAGCCAUUUUGGUUUUCUCAGAUAUGACUGGGAUGAAUUGGGACAUAGGAAUGUUCAGCACUGUGGAGUUCUCGAUUCUGAUUGGUCAGAAAGUGUAAAGUGUAAAAUGUUCUGUAAGGAGACAUUUAUUUAAUAUUCUGUGGAAGGAGUCUCCAGUGUCAGUGCUUUGUAACAUUUUUUUUUUUUUUUUAGGUCCAUAGUUCUAAGCUGUGGUUACUGUGUGUAAAAAUUCGUAUGAUCUGCCCUAACAGUACAACACUGCUGCUUGAAAAUCUUGUAAUUUAAAAAGAAUAAAAAUGCAAUUGUGUGAUUGUA